AUGGCGGGAAUCCAGUGCUGGCGCAUCAGGCUGCUUAGGGUCGGUCGGUCGACAGCCUACCUGUGGGGAGGUAGGCACCGUACCCAAAGUGCCCUGCGCUUAGCAAAGGCCUCAGAGCAGAGCCUCCGCCAUGCCACUAUCAGUGGACCGCCGGGGGUCCACAAUGUGCCGAGCUGUGGACAUGGGAGCACCAAAGAGCUAGGUGCUGCCUGCCACGAUGGCAUCCCAGGGGUAUCUUUGUCUCUCUGGGGGUCUGGAUUCAGGUCUGCCCCGGGUUCAUGGACGUACCUCAGUUGCUCGCCGUGCCGCCGUGCCGCCACCGCCAGCUCAUUGUGUAAUGGCGACGUCGAGCCGGUCGGAGCCGAGCGCGGUGUCGCGGGCGCCCAAGUAGUGACGGGCGAUGAAAACUGCUGGGAAAACCGCGUGUGCGUGACGGCUCCACACAAAGAUGUGAUGGCAGACGCGGAUGCCGAUGCAGAGACGCACGAGAGCCUCGCCCCUGACAGCCACCCAGCCGCUCCCAGCCUCGAGCUGAGAAGGCCGACGUGGGCCAUUGGCAGGAAUAAGACGUUGCCGGGCUGCUGUUCUUCAACCGAGGAAUGGUGA